AUGGGCAAAGCCAAAAAAGACAAACUCGUCAUAAACUCCUACACACUCAACCUCCCCUCCACAACCCAACUCCAGCAACACUCCCUAAUCCCAAAAACCUACCUAACCCUCCGCAACAUCCUCACCAUAACCCCCCUCCAACCCUUCAUCACCUCCUCCCCUCUCACAGCCCUCACCUCCCCAGCCUACUCAGAUCCAGACUCUGACCUCUACUCCGGCGCCCACACCCUCCAGCUCCUCGCCUACGUAAUCGCCCACGUCACCGUCUCCUACGCAAUCUACGUCUUCACCUCCCCCGAACACCACGCCGUCCCGCCCAGAAUCCAACUCGCAAUCUGGAGCUUCUACCAAUUCGCCCUCCUCAUCGUCGACGCGUCUUUGCUCUAUAGCGCCUGGAUAUCCUUCAGUCUCCAGGGAAACCUCGUGAACCCGGUGCGGGAAUGGCGCGGCGUAGACUGGAUCCUCGUGAGUUUCACGCUGAUGGCGGCGCUCACCAGGGUCGCGUUUCUGUGCAGGGUGGGGUUCCCCAAGCAAUUAUCGCCCGAGGAGCGACGGAAAGCCUGGGAUGAGCGGAACAAGAAGUUCUGGGAUGGUGUGAAUGACGGGACCUCCGGCAUAGUAUGCAAUGGUUAA